AUGAGCUUAUCACAACCUUUUAAUCCGUUUAUAGUACAGAUUUUAACAACAGUCAGACCAUGCCCUACUCAGUUAAAUGAGACAAUCUGCUUAAAAGGAGAGAUAAGGUGCCCCGGGGUUCCUGACAAGUCAGGUUGCCCAGUUCCAGCAGUGUGUGUGCCAUUUAAUAAAACAAGCAAAACUGGUGAGCCAUGUGCACCUCAGUGUCCCGUUACAUGCCCUGAGGGUCAAUAUGUUUGUUCUGGUUACCAAGAUAGAUUUGGUUGUCCUCUCCCUGACACAUGCACUCCUAAAUAUGUCCUCGGUCAAAAUGGUUCCAAAUGUCCAGGUGUUUGCCCAGUUGUAUGCCAUGAGGAAGAUAUGUUUCUCUGUAAAGGAAUUGUUAACAAGAAUGGCUGUUUUACAAAUGAUAUGUGUUUACCAAAAUAUAUCACUGGACUAAAAGGCACAAUUUGUAAGUUACAUUGCCCAAUUUCAUGCCCAAAUGGAAUGAUGAAUUGUCCUGGAAGCCCUGGACCAGAUGGAUGUCCUAAGAGAGAUGAAUGUGUUCCUUUUUCAAACACAAUGGAAAAUGGUCUAAAAUGCCCAGCAUACUGUCCAAUCACAUGUCCUGAGGAAACAAUAUUGUGUACGGGUAAGAUUAAGCCGGAUGGAUGCCCAUCUUCAGACUUUUGUAUUUUUAAGUUCAAUUCUGGAAAAAAUGGAAUGACAUGUCCUGGAAUUUGUCCCCAAGAAUGUUCUGAUGACUCUAUAUCUUGUCCAGACAUUCAGGAUGAAGAUGGCUGUAAAAUACCAACUUGUAUUCCAAAGCAAAUUCCAGGAAUUAAUGGAUCAAUUUGCUCUGGCCAGUGCCCUGUUAACUGCCCGCCAGACAGAAUGUUUUGUCCCGGAGAAUGGGGAACUGAUGGAUGUUUGACCAAAGCCACUUGUAUACCUUGGAAAAUUCAGACAGAAGAUGGUACCACUUGUCCUACGCAUUGCCCAAUUGUUUGCCCAGAGGGAAAGAAAGCAUGUCCAAGAUAUGUUGGUCCAGGAAAAUGCCCUGAAGUUGAUUUGUGCAUUCCAUCCACAAAAGUAGGUAUCAAUGGCACAUUUUGUAAGAAUGAGUGUCCUAUUUAUUGUAAAGAAGAUGAGGUACUCUGUCGAGGACAGGCAUUUAUUAAUGGCUGCCCUGAACCCGAUAUCUGCAUCCCACAGUACACUAUUGGGAAGAAUGGUAACACCUGUAAAUCCCAGUGCCCUCUUUCCUGUGAUAGAGGAAUGAUCAAAUGUGACAAUGUCCUGGGACCAGACGAAUGCUUGUAUGAUCUAUGUGUCCCAGCUGUAACCAAGGGAAAAGAUGGGACCAUGUCAUGCCCUGGACACUGUCCAGUUGGAUGUCCUUCUAACAUGAUGACAUGUGCUGGAAUAAGAAUGAGUAAUGGCUGCGUAGGACCAGAAUCAUGCGUUCCCAAGCUUAUUCCAAGAUUUAAUGGCACAGAAUGUCCAGGCUAUUGCCAAGUUUAUUGCCCGAAAGGAAUGAAGCUCUGUGAGGGAAGUUUCAGCCCUGAUGGUUGCCAGGGACCUAGUACUUGUAUCCCAGAGAGUAUGCCUGGAAUACGAAGAGGUAUUUGUCCUUCUGUUUGUCCAGUCGUUUGUCCAGAUAGUCUUCAGGUCUGUCCUCCGCCCACCAAUCUUGAAGAGGACUGCCCCCUUCCUGGAUAUUGUGAUAUAAACUGUUCUUAA